CUGUUUCUUUAUUUAAUUACUAUCAAAGUCUUCCCUCCGACAACAUUCCAUCUACGAGUCUAGUCUGCAGACACUUGCUGUAGCCUUUACCGAACUACAGCAGCUCGAUAAAAAGGCAAGCUUCCGACUUUUUUUUUUCUCUCUUCUCUCCUCGUCGAAUAAAUAAUCAGCCACCUCAUGAUACAUUCGAUGAUCAUCGCGAGGAAGCUAGCUGACUGCCCUGUGCUGCAUCUAGUGGCAUGAUAUCAGUGCAAAUCUCCGUCAUCGCGAUUCUGCGUCUCCAGCUUUUUGCUUCCAACCAGUUACGAGACCCCCCAGUGAAAUCGGGCGAAUAUCGUUGAAUCAAGGCACCAAAAAAAAAAGAAAAGAAAGAAAGAAAGAAAGAAAAGAAUACCACCAACAAUGCCAUCUACCAUGUCCACGUCGCCGGCCUCCUCGUCGCCAACCUCGCCGGCCUUCCUCACCCCCGAAACGCUCGAAGCAGACCUCCUCGCCCAUCUGGCCUCCACCUCCGCUCUCGACGACCUACACGCCUCCCUCCUCUGUUCGCUACAACGGAUCGGCUGGACCGAGAAGAUCCGUCGACUGGCCGUCGAGCUGCUCCGCGCCGGGCGCUGCGAGCGCUUCGACGAGGUGGUUGACGCCGUCGUCGCCCUCGCAGAGGGGAGAAAACACCCCGCCCUUCUCGACCGAACCACGAAUAAUAAUAAUAAUAAUAAUAAUAAUAACAUGAGUACCUACGAGGAAGAUGCCGAUGAUUCGUUCUUUGAAAACGUCGAUGUGCGCGUUCCCCAGACCGUCGUCGACCAGGGCGUCCGCGCCAUCAAAGACUCGCUAAGAGAGAUUGUCGUCCUCGAAGACGACGCAGACCACCCGCCACCUCCGUUCCCGGCCUUGAACCCUCGCGACUCUCUAGAUAAUGGGACGGGCUCGUCGGAUUCCAAGACCAAGAAACAUUUGAAAAACGGGGAUGCGGGCGCUUCUCCCGCUAAGAAGGGAGAAAAGAAGGCAAAGGCAGGCAAGAACGUCAAGUGAGCCUGCUUAUCGUUUCCAUUUUGAUCCUCUUCUACAUGCAUCAGGGUGUUUUUUUUUUUUUCUGUCAUGUCGAUCGUUUCACGGCGUUGCUAUUAAAGAAAUGGUUUAGGGGGGAGUAGGGGGGGUUAGGGGGAGUCUGGGAAAGGGAUCAUAUAUUUUGUUCCAUAUAUCUGGAGUUUGGGCGCAUAGGCUUACCUACUAUCUACUAUUGAAUGAUCAUCGGAUCAUUGUUAAAUACGAUCUACGCGGAGGAGAUAAACAGGCUGUAUCCUUCCACUGAGCAAGUUAUUCAUAAUCGAGUAGAUUCCC